CUGAGUUUUCUUUCGUGUCGUCGUGGCUUUGUUCUUCGUCUCUUCGACGGCGCCUUGCAGUGAACAAGGCGGGAGGAGAGGAGGAGCAGUGGCAAUGUCAGAUUCGGAUGGUGGAAUUCGGUUAUGGAUCUAGAUCAGACAUGACUCACAUGAGUCCUUGUUAUUCCGAUCAAGCUCAGUAGUGAUGUCACUCAGCGUCGUUGUGAGCCCAGUUACCGUCGUCCGAAUGGAAGCCGCAACUUCCGAUGGUGCUCUUCCCCCACGCAAUCCAGACCCUUCGCCCCGACUCUCCUUCUCCAAGCCUUCUUGGGUCGUCCGCACCGAGUCAAAUGUUCAUAGAGAAGUAAGAAAGACCCCGGAUCCUCCUUGUGAAAUCUGCACUGGCAGUGGAAGGAUCCAUUGCCACUUUUGUCAGGGAAAAGGGAGGACAAACUCUGUCGACAUGCAAAUGCUACCCAAAGGAAAAUGGCCAAGAUGGUGCAAGACUUGUGGUGGAAGUGGUCUCAGUUACUGCUCCCGCUGUCUUGGAACUGGAGAGUACAGGUAUAUAAUGGGCUUUCAUUUCAUGAAGAUGGAUUCAGCACAUACAGGAGACAAUGCGAAUGCGGUUCAAAGUAAUCAAAAACGACGCACUGCUGAGGAUUUAUAUGAAUAACCCGACUUUAAGCCAGGAAGUUUCACAAAGUUUGUGAAUGUUGUAUGAACACCUGGGAAUAUGUUUUAGACCCUACAUUUUUCUAACAUAUUUUUUUUUUUUUUUUCUAAUCUCUCUUGUCUCCAUGGUUUCUAAUAUGUAGAUGAAAA